AUGUUCCUUGAAGCAAAAGGUGUGAGCGCGAACAAGAUCGCGAAGCGGACCGACCUAGCCCCCAACAAGGGCGGGCCGUUCGCCGCGGCGCUCCGCACGCUCGCCAAGAACGCCGGCCCCGACGGGAAAGACGGGACUGUGGCGGUCGACCGCGAGCCCAAGGAGAAGCCCCCGCCGCCAUCGAAACGCGCCUCGCCCCACCACCUGCCCGCCAGCGGAUUCCAGCCCUAUCGGCCCGAUGACAGGCUGGCGCAUCCGGCGGCUGCUUCGUUCCCUCUACUGGAGCCCACCGCUUACUCUCCCUAUGCCCACCCUGGACUGUAUUCCAGCGCUGCUUUGCAGUACAGGCUAGCGGCGGAGGAGCAGAUGUACCUGGAGCGGGUGUUCCGGAGCGGCGUGGGCGUGGGCGUGGGAUGGCUCCCGCCCUACGCUCUGUACCCACCGCUGGCACCGCCGCUGCCGCUCGUGCCGCACGCCGCCCACCCGGCGCACGCCGCCCACGCCGCUCACGCCGCUCACGCUGCGCACGCCAGCCAUGCCGCGCACGCCGCCCACGCCGCACAUGCCGCCCACGCCGCUCACGAAGAUCGCGACAAGGAGCUGGCGAUGCAGCGCGAAAGAGAGCGCGAGCGGGAGAGAGAAAGAGAGAGGGAGAGAGAGAGGGAGAGGGAGCAGCGCGAGAGGCUGGCGCGCGACAAGGAGCAGCAGCAGCGGGCGCUGGGGGCGGCGGCGAUGCCGUACGGCGGCCGCGCGCCGCUCCUCUACCGCCCCUACCGCCACUACGAGCCCGAGCCGCUGGCGCCGGCGCCCGCCCCCGCUCCCGCCCCCGCCCCCGCCACGGCGCCCGCGCCCGCCCCCGCCCCCGCCCCCGCGCCCGCCGAAGCGGAGCCCGAGCGCGGUGAGAGCAGCGACGCGCCCGCG